UCAGAGGAACUUCCCUUCCAGGAAUCUGGAAGUUGAGCUGCAGAGGGACUGGCAGCGAUUUUGUGACUGACUGCCCUGUGAGGAGGAGUGAAAAAGUCCAGGCCGAGGUUUGCUCUGGGGUGGACUGUGAUUUCUGUGUGUGUGUGUGUGUGUAUGUGUGUGUGCGCGCGCGCGCAUGCGUGGGUGGUGGGUGGCAAUAAAGAUUACGCCCUACUGUGAAAAUAAUCAGGACUUUGCUUUCUAUCUCUCUCCCUCUGCUUUCUCUUUGGAGAAUCCAUGCCACAUCAGAGAUCAGGGUGGGAGGUGAGCGAAGGGCAGGCACUUGGGGUUCAGAAGAAGGGCAUUCCCAGGAGCACAACCCCAGGCAUAAGGAAGGCUGGUGCAGCCCCUGGGAGAAAUCCCCUCCGUGGGAGGGCAGUCUGCAGAGACGUGCUCUGGCUCCCAGGGCUAGUCCUGAAAAUAGGGGGAAAUAACCUAUCCAGUUUCUUGGGUUGGAUCUGUUCUUAGACACUGUGUGUGCAAAGUUAAGGCCUCUCCAACAUCCUCUCUCAGCACCCUCCCCACAAACUCCCAGCAAGGGGAGGGCAGCAGGGCUGGGAGCCUGAGCAGCUGCCACUGUGGGGAAGGGCAGACCCUCUGCUCUGGUCCCUGCUCCUCUGUCUCCAGCUCUCAGUCCUCACUGGUGGACACUGGGGGUCCAGGACAGGAGCCCACAAUGGUCAGGUCUUGCCCUCUGCUUCCUGCCUCCCCACAUCCUGGUUUUGCAAAUUCCCUCUGCCUCAGGCACCCUGACCUUGUCCUGGGAGACCUGUCCUCCCCUGGAGGGAGACAGUCACCUCCCUUGUGCCCAGGGCCUCUGCUCCCAGCACCAACACCAUCUCUACCACUCUCUCCAGCUCUCCUGCCUCAGUGUGGUCUCCAUGGAAAUUGGACUAAACUUUUUCUUUGAGGCUUUGUGGGGUCCACAGAAUCAGACAUGGGGGUGUGAGGAGAGUCGUAUCACUGACCCCAUGCACUCUGCUCCCAAACCAUUCCCCUCUGUUAUUACCAGGUCAGGCAGACUCCUCCCAAGUUCAUUUGACACAGAGAGUCUAUCAUUCUCCCUCCCUGACUUCUCUUGUCUCCUACAACUUUUUCUAGAAAACCUGUCUGCUUCUCUAUUUCUAAUAGUACCUGAUGAGAACACUUUCUGCCACAAAGGAAUGUACUUUACUUGGAUAUUCUGGGACCAUUGGCAGGUAUGAAGCAUUGAAUGAUGGUUGGUGGGACUCCAACACUGAAUUUAAAUGUGAUUAUUGAAUUUUAAUCUACACUGAAUGGAGCAAAUGUAACAGGGAUCACCCUAUUUUGCCACACAGGGACUUGUGAGGCAUCUUUCAAAUUGUAAUUCAUUAUGUCUCCAGAGAGACGACUUAACACCUGUGCAGGCUCAGAGGCUCAGGUCAGGCUUAAUCCUUCACUCAGAAAAUCCUGUCUGAUUCAUCUCUGCCUAUAGCUACUCAGUAGAAUUUUCAGGAAGAGCCAUGGCCUCAAUCCCAAGUAUCAGGAAGAUGAGGGAGGAAGCCACGUGCUACGUCUGCCAGCUGCUAAUGAUGGAGCCUGUGAGCAUCUACUGUGGGCACAGCUUCUGCCACUGGUGCAUAACUGGCUACAUUGGUCAGAGUUUCUAUUGGGCAUUUAUUGUGAUGAUGUGUCCCUGUGCCCUGUGUGGAACAUCAUUUCAAAGGGAGAGUCUCCAACCCAACAGGCCACUGGAAAACCUCAUUGAGACCAUCAAGGAGCUGGAGCAUGAGAAGCUGUGUGAGGAACAUGGGAAGCAGCUCCUCCUGUUCUGUGAGGAUGAUGGGCAGCUCAUCUGCUGGCGCUGUGAGUGCUCCCCCAGCACAGAGGACACAGCACGGCUCUAGCAGAGAACGUAUGUCCAGGCUACAAGGAAUCCGGAAGUGGAGCUGCAGAGCGACUGGCAGAGAUUUUGUGACUGACUGCCCUGGGAGGAGGAGUAAAAAAGUCCAGGCCAAGAGAGAAGACUUCGACACCUGUGCAGGCGCAGAGUUUCAGGUGAGGCUUCUGUCCUUCACUCUGGAAAAUCCUGUCUACUUCAUCUCUGCCUCUACCUGAUAUUGGAGCUUUUCAGGAAGGGCCAUGGCCUCAGCCACAGCUACCAAGAAGAUGAGGGAGGAAGCCACGUGCUCCAUCUGCUUGGAGCUGAUGACAGAGCCCGUGAGCAUCCACUGUGGGCACAGCUUCUGCCGCCGGUGCAUAGAGGGCAUCCUUGAGAACGCACAAGGGACGUCAUCCCUGAGGGAGCCCCAAUGUCCCCUGUGCCGGGCACCAUUUCAAAGGGCGAGUGUCCGAUCCAACAAGCAGCUGGAAAACCUCAUUCAAACUCUCAAGGAGAUUGACCUUGAGAGACUGUGUGAGGAGCACGGGGAGCGGCUCCACCUGUUCUGUGAGGUCGACAGGCAGCUCAUCUGCUGGCGCUGUGAGCGCUCCCCCCAGCACAGAGGACACCGCACGGCUCUAGUGGAGGACGUGUAUCCAGGCUACAAGGAAAAGCUCCAGGAAAUUGUGACAAAACUGAGAGCAGCGCAAGACCGCUGUGUGAUAUUGAAGUUGGACAAGAAAAAUGAAAGAACACAAUGGGAGAAGAACAUAGAGCUUCGGAGACAAGUAAUCCAGUCUGAGUUUAGGAAUCUCCACAACUUCCUCGAUGAUGAGGAGAGAGAUUAUUUAAGGAGACUGGAGAAAGAGAAAGAGCAGCUGCUGAGGAGACUGCAGGAAGAUGAAGCCAGUCUGGUAAAGCAGAGCUCUGAACUUGAGAGCCUCAUCCUGGAAUUAGAGAAGAAAUGUCAAGAAUCAGCCCAGAAUUUGCUGCAGGGUGUGAAAGAUUCACUGAAAAGGCAUUCAGAUGUGGAGCUGAAAAUACCAGAGGUCCUCUCUCUGGACCCUCAAACUGUGUGCAAUGUUUCUGAGCUUUACUGUGAUGUGAGGAAAAUGUUACAGCGCUACCAAGUCAGCGUGACUCUGGAUCCAGACACAGCUCAUCAUGAAUUAAUUCUGUCUGAGGAACGGAGACGUGUGACCCGCGGCAGCCCCCAGGAGAAGCAUUUCCGUUUUAGCGGAUUCUAUGCCUUAGCCUGUGUCCUGGGCUGUGAGGGCUUCACCUCAAGAAGACAUUACUUCGAAGUGGAUGUGGGAGCAGCAAGAUCUGGGUGGGAGUUAGGAGUUUGUGGGAAAAAUGUGCAGAAGAUCUGGGAAAUAAUCAGAGGGCCUCAGUCUGGAUUCUGGUACAUCAGACUCUGCCAGGAGAAUGGCUACAUGGCCCUCACCUCUCCCCCAACUUCUCUUACAUUGAAGGAGCCGCCCCUGCUGGUGGGGGUUCUUCUGGACUAUGAGGCUGGACUUGUGUUCUUUUACAACAUGACCACAGGCUCCCUCAUCUUCACCUUCCCAAGGGCCUCCUUCUCUGGUACUCUUCGGCCUUAUUUCCAGGUUAAUCAUUGUUCUUCUUUAUUCCUCCCUCCACCAUUGCAGUAAUUUUAAGAACAGUCUCUUUUGUUGAACCAUUAUAGAAAUAUAAUGUGAGUUCUACUGGCAAAGAAAUAUCAUCUGUUUUCCUUGCUGCUCUUUCCCUUAAACUGGAGCAUUUCUGAGUUC